UACUUUCUCCUCGCUAGUCCAGUCAAUUAUGGAUUAAUGAUUCGUGGGGGGAUUCACUUUUCUUUGAAAGCGAGGGACUUCUCACCCCUCUGUCACGGCACCAAACAAUGAAUUCGGGAAAGCGAAAAGAGAAAGGAGGAAUACUUAUCAUUUAAAUAGACAAAGGGUGAGAUUAGGAUUCAUAAUUGAAAAAAAGCCAUCGAAUUCCAGGCCCGGUUAAUUCUGCUCAUUCCAGUUUAAAAUAUGGGUGGCUUUUCCUGUAUUUUGCUCUUCAUCAUUGCUUCUCUCUGUUUUGGGAUUGAUGGAGGAGUCACAAACAGUAAAGAUGUGUCGACGAUGACCCUGCUGAAACUGCAAUGGAGAAAUUCGUCACAGCUGAGAUGGGAAGGCGUAGAUCCUUGCGCUUCAAAUUGGGUUGGGGUUACUUGCUCCGGUUCUCGAGUCAUAUAUCUGCAUCUAACUUCAAUGGGUCUAAAAGGAGAACUGCCACCUGAAAUUGGAAGCCUUACUGCUCUUCAAAGUCUAGAUUUAUCGUACAACACAGGCUUGACUGGACAAAUUCCGUCAAGUCUAGGAAACUUGGGCAGACUUUUCGAGCUGUUGUUAAUUGGGUGCAGUUUAAGUGGGCGCAUUCCAGCUGAACUUGGCAACCUGCAAAGGCUUAAAACUCUGGAUCUGAAUACCAACAAAUUAGGUGGAACUAUUCCUGCGGAAUUGGGCAACCUUAGCAGACUUUACUGGUUCGACAUUUCCAGCAAUAACAUUCGCGGAACACUUCCAGUCGAGCUUGGGAAGCUUGGAAAAGCCGCUCACUUCCACUUCAAUAAAAACCAACUGCAAGGCCCCAUUCCGCCUGAAAUUUUCCACGAAAAAAUGUCCAUCAUACAUGUGCUGUUUGAUCAAAAUAAUUUCAGUGGAAUGAUACCCUCAACACUGGGUCUUGUUAAGACCAUACAAAUUCUGAAAUUUGAUCGAAACCAUUUGGAAGGUGGAAUACCGUCAAACAUUAGCUCCUUGGAAAACCUAUCUGACAUGCGUCUUUCAAACAAUGAACUGAAGGGUCAAAUACCUGAUUUAUCCGUGCUGAGCAACCUACAGUACUUGGACCUGAGCAACAAUUCAUUUGACGCGUCCCCUGUUCCUCAAUGGAUUUCUUCAUUGACCUUGUUAACUACAAUUGCCAUAGAAAAUGGAAAAUUGAAUGGAUCGUUACCUUCUAGCGUUUUAAAAUUACCACAGCUGGAGACAUUGAGGAUGGCGGGAAAUUUCAUCAAUGGAGUUGUGGACCUUAGCGGCUUAACAGGACAGACACUGCAACUAGUAGAUUUAGAGUAUAACAACAUCACAAGCUUUAACCCGCUAAACACUCCCAUGGACGUCAAUUUCUUCGGUAACCCGGUCUGUGCUGACGGAUCACAACAAUUAAAGUUGAAAGCUUGUCAUCCAGAAAAGGCAGCAAUUGGCACUCCCUACACAACUGUUACAAAAGAUUGUGGGGAAGCUACGAAAUGUGGAGAGAAUCUGAAAAUCGAUCCUGUUGAUUGUGAAUGUGCAAUGCCCUUUGAAGGGUAUCUGAUAUUCAGAGCUCCUUCCUUUGCAACUCUGAACAUUAUUUCCAGAUUCCAAAAACUAGAGAAAUCCUUAAUGAACCUCACAAACUUGGUGGGCUUGACAAACUCAUCGGUAUACAUUUUUUGCUGCAUGUCUUUUAACAUGGAUGACUCUCUCAAAAUACCCAUACGGAUUUUUCCACCGGUUCGAAUGAAGUAUUUUGGGCAAGCAUAUGUUGUAAAUCUGAUUUACAGUUUAAGCAAUCAGUCUUACAACCCACCGACUGAAUUCGGACCCUAUUAUUUCAUACCGACUUCAUACACCCACCCUGAUCCUUCCAAAGGCUCAAGUAAAGUGCCAGUUAUUGGUAUAGCAAUUGGUGUGCCAUUGGCAGUCCUUGCCAUUCUUGGCAUGGGGAUCUAUAUAAUCAUAUUAAAAAGGAAAGCAAAAAGGGCAGCUAAAAAUAGCAGACCAUUUGGUUCCUGGGGAUUUGCAAGCGGCGAAUGUAACGGAGAUGCCCCCAAACUGAAAGGAGCAAGGUGGUUUACAUUCGAGGAACUCAAACAGGCAACAAACAAUUUCUCCACUGAGAAUGAAAUUGGAGCUGGAGGUUAUGGCAAGGUGUACAAAGGGAUCCUGGCGGAGAGUAGACAAAUGGUGGCUGUGAAGAGAGCAAAGGCAGAGUCUUUGCAGGGGGGAGGGGAAUUCAAGACCGAAAUAGAACUGCUGUCGCGUGUUCAUCACAAGAAUCUGGUGGGACUCAUCGGAUUUUGUUCUGAAGAAGGGGAACAUAUGCUUGUCUACGAAUUCAUGCCAAAUGCCUCACUCAGGGACAAUCUCUCUGGCAGAACAGGGAUAACCCUUGAUUGGAGAAGAAGAAUUCAAAUUGCUUUGGGGGCAGCUAGAGGACUAACGUACCUCCACGAUCAUGCAAACCCUGCAAUAAUUCACAGAGACGUGAAAUCCAGCAACAUCCUGCUUGAUGAAAACCUGAAUCCCAAGGUAGCAGAUUUCGGGCUUUCGAAACUCAUAGCAGACACAGGCGGCAGGGGCCAUAUCACAAGCCAAGUCAAGGGAACAAUGGGGUACCUGGACCCAGAGUAUUAUAUGACACAUCAACUAACUCAGAAGAGCGACGUGUACAGUUUCGGUGUAGUACUGCUAGAAAUGUUAAGUGCGAGGCAACCCAUAGAGCGAGGUAAAUAUCUGGUUAGAGAAGUGAAGAGUGCUAGUGAAAGAGGAGGGAGAGAUAUUCUUGCAGAGCUGCAGCUGUUGGAUCCAGUUCUCAGAAACUCUCCCAUCUCUCCCUCUGUUUUGGAUUGCUUUGUAAAGUUAGCAGUGAGUUGUUGUGAAGACGAGGGUGCAUGUCGACCGAAAAUGAGUGAAGUGGUGAAGGAGCUUGAGUCCAUGGCGGACAAGUGUGGAGGUAAUGAUAUAGAGCGUGAGAGAGAGAUGGAAGAUGGGGAGGCUACAUUUAGAAAGCUCGGGUUUCAUCGUUUGGCUAACUCUGCGUCAGCUUCAUUUGAUUACAGUGGUAGUGGUGGACAUAUUGUGCCUCCAAUCGUAGAACCCAAGUAAUCUUGGAGCUUGUGUUGGCACAACUGCAUCUUUGCAUAAAUUUGUGGAUACAACUGCAUCAAUGUCUUUUUCCUAUUCAAGUUAAUGGUAACAAUGUGUAGAUGUUAAAGAUGAAGAUAGAAGAUUUAUUAAUUGAUAGAGGACUAUGUAAUGAUGUCAAUGAGAAAGUUUAAAGGCAUUAAAAUGCUAUUUUAUAAAUUUA